GCCGAAAAGCCCUUGGUGGAGGCCGCAGCGCCCGCGACCAAGCCCUCGAUGUUCGCCAUGGCCGCCCUCGGCCUCCAGGUCGCCAUGACGUGCGUGUUCUACACGGCCAGGCUCGAUCUCACCAAGGCAGACAGAACUAAUUCCUCGUCCAUCUACAACUACUACGUCGGAGUCGCGCUGAUGAUGUUCGUGGGCUUCGGCUACCUCAUGUCCUUCCUCAAAUCGUACGGGCUGGGGGCCGUAGGCCUCACGAUGUACACCACAUGUCUCGGGGUGGAGUUCGCCAUCAUCGUCGAGAGCUUCAUGGGCAAGGGGGCGCUGACCAUCGACUUCUUGUCUCUCCUGAACGGCAACUUCGCGAUCGCGGCUGUACUCAUCAGCUUCGGAGGCCUGAUCGGCAAGAUCAGCCCUUUGCAGAUCACCGUCUUCACCUGCGUGGAGCUCGUCUGCUACUGCUCGAACAAGGUCUUUGUCCUCGGCCAGUACAACAAAGAGCCCCUGAUCGCAGACUGUGGUGGCACCAUUAUCAUCCACGUGUUCGGGGCGUAUUUUGGCCUCUGCGCGUGCAAGGUGCUGGGGCCGCCGAGCCGUGCAGAGCUCAACGCGAGCUGCUACAGCUCGGAUCUCUUUUCGCUCGUCGGCACCGUCUUCCUCUGGCUCUUCUGGCCCAGCUUCGUUGCCGGGGCCCUCGACGACCCCUUCCAGCAGACCCAGGCGCUCAUCAACACCGUCCUCGCGCUGCUGGCCUCGACGAUGGCGAGCUUCGGCCUGACGCCGCUGCUGAUGAACGGGCUCAUCGGGACCGUGCCCAUCCAGAACGCCACCCUGGCCGGUGGCGUAUCCAUAGGGGCGACGGCGAACCUCGUAGGCCCGUUCGGAGCCGUGGUCGUCGGCGGCCUCGCCGGGUUGCUCUCAACGUGGGGCUUCGUCAAGGCCCCCUUCCUGGCCGACGUGGACACUUGCGGCAUCAACAACCUCCACGGCAUGCCCGGCCUGUUUGGGGGGCUUGUGUCCAUCGCAGUGCCGCUCUUCUAUGCGGGCACGGGGGUGAGCAUGCUGAAUCAGGCGAUCGGCCUUCUCGCCACUCUGGCGGUCGCCUGUGUCACUGGCGCAGCCACGGGGUUCAUCCUGAAGAAGAUGGACACGCCCGCGGAGCCCUUCACGGACACGUCCUUCUGGGAGUGCGCCGAGGACAUUUCCAAGGUGUGGUACGAGGCGCUCAUGACGUCGCUGAGGGCACUCCUGGACGGCCACGUGCGGCUGUGCGUGCGGCGGGCCGCUGCGGACGUGUCCGCGAGCAGCGCGCGGUGGCCGGUGGCCCUGAGCGCGCCCGAGCCGCAGCUGAGCGCCCUCUUCGGGCACCUCGGCGGCGGGCCGGCGUUCCUGGCCCUGUGGCAGCUGCUGAACGGCACCUGCAGGCUGCAGCUCCUGUGCGCCCACCACCCGGCGCUGCGCCUCCCCGCCGCUGGGCUGCCCAGGCGGAGCGCGGUGCUCUGGGGCGCGGCGGCCGGCGCGCCCCCUCGCUUCGUGUGCGCGGACAGGAGCGCGCCCUGGCCGCGCCUGGCGGUUCACGCCCGCGGCACCACGUGGGAGCUGCACGCCGGGCACGCCGCCCGGUGGUCUGGCGUGGCCGCGCGCCCAGCGCGGGGCGACGAGGAGCGGGCGCCCGCCGCCGCCUCGGCCGACGACCCCCGGGGGUGCUACGACUCGCAG